CAGAGGGUGAGUGUCCCCGAUAUCACAUGUGGAAUUCUCAGCAGCGUAGUUUGCCCUGACUGUGUGCUCUCUGUUGCAGGUAUUCCCCACAAUGAGAGUCCUUUGCAGGAAAGUUUACAACAGUUGACAUCGGCGGUCCACAAGCUGCUGCAGCUUCACUUCUCCUCCGGUACCGCAGCCUUGGACCCGAGUAAUCAGCGACCGCUGAGAGAGGCCCGCAGCUCCGCUGACCAUCUCCAGUUCACCAUCUUUGCUGCUCAUGGGAUUCCCACAGGUUGGGUGUCCAGCUUUGAGAAGUAUUAUAUAAUGUGCUCCUUGCUGUGCAACGGGAGAGAUUUGUUCAAACCGGUUCAGUCGAAGAAAGUGGGAACAUACAAGAGCUUCUUCUACCUGGUGAAAUGGGACGAGCUGAUCAUUUUUCCCAUACAGAUCGCUCAGCUGCCAUUGGAGUCCAUCCUGCAGCUCCGCCUCUACGGGAUCCUGAAUCCGAACAGCGGGGGAUCCCCGGACUCCAAUAAGCAGAGGAAGGGACCGGAGUUGCUGGGACAGGUGUCCUUACCGCUCUUCAGCUUCCGGAGAACGCUGACAUAUGGAACCAAACUUCUA